AGCGAGUAUUGCUGAAUUUAAUGAAACAUCCUUCCAGUCCAAUAUUGAAUCCCUGAGAAACGAUUUGAUUUAAAAUCCGCGUCCCUUUUCACCGUGAUGCCCUCGGAAGGGUUGAUUCGUGUUUGAGGAGGAUUAGAAAUGUAAGUAGUUGAAAUGACCGUGACAUGUACUUAACUUUUCAAUCAAAAUAGGCUCGCAGGUGAAAUUGACAUGCUUCACACAUUUAAGAACCUUUCGUCCAAUCAGAUAACGCCUAACUACGCCUCAUGCUGAUUUCGCCAAUCACGUUUCACAAAGCAGGCAUCUGUUCUGGGUUUGUUCAAUUUUCUCUUGUCUCCCUUGCUCAUCUAAACAAGCAAAUAGUGCGGUUUAUGCAUUGAGCUGACGGAAAGAGCAUUUUCUCGACCGGGGCUAAACACUUGUUGGCCAGCCGACGAUGAUUUAGCGUUGAUUGUACGGGAUUUUUUCCUUCUCGUCAAAAGUGGUCCGUUCUAUUUGUAAACGCGUGCAUGUCGCUCUGAAAUCGCCUGAUUUGACUCUGCAAAUAUCCGUUCAUCUCAAAUUAAAUGGUUAAAUGGUCGUCUUGUUGUAGAGGUAAGCUGCUUUGUCUUAGUUUAGUCCCAUUUUCUUGGCCAGACGUGUUUCUCUAAGUUUCUCGCUUUUGCCGCGUGCUCACUCUGGCGUAGACAAGAUUUUCAUCUCGACAAGGACGUUUCAACGGUUGAAGUGUAAUCGUUCUUGAGACAAUAAUCGUCCACAUCUCUCAUGUUAAUAAUAUAUUAUAUUUACAACACAUGUGAAAACAGAACAGCGUCAUUAUAUGCGAAUUUUCUCCCUGAAUUUAGAAAGCUUUCGUUCCGGGGCACCGUUAACAGUAAGUUUCUGUGGGAGGAUUAGGUCGCUUGUUUGUUCAUGUUUUUGUAGAGUUUUUCAAACACGAAACAAGGGAAAAUAUAAAUCGCUUGGUUAGUAUGUUUACUUUGCUGUUUUGAAAAGAAAUAAGUUACCUACAACAGCGAAAGUAGAAAAAGGCAAAGCUUGUAUUUUGAAAAGGCGUUUUGUGGUACAAGCUGUGUAGCUUGUUUAGCAGGCCAUUUCGGGUGGAAAAUUGUUCAGUUUGAGGCGGUGAAUGCUCUGUAGAUCGUUGUCUUUAUAAUCAUCUUUAAACAAUAGAUUUUAGAAUGUGUCACAAGAGUCGUCGCCUCUUCACGAUACCAAGGAUCCAUGUUGCCUGUUAUCGUUCGUGUAGAGAUUUGUCUGAUUGGUAAAGUUUAAAAUGUUUUAUUUUCGAUUCUCGCUUCAGUGCAGUCCGCAACUGAAAAUGGUGGAACCGUCAAUUGGUUUCUAAUGUGGUUUCUUUGGUGUCAUUCAGAUAAUACACAGAAUUUAUUCAAGCGGAAACCGCAAGUACUCAACGUUGGUGAUUCCUAAAAUCUCAGUGACGAAAGCGAUCUUUUGGAGAGUGUCAGAGUUUAUGGAGUUGACUUGACUGUGGAUCCUUAGUAUUAACAGUUUUGCAGGUAAAUAGAUUUGCGUAUUGGCAGAUUUAAAAUUUCCUGUCGCGCGAGCGUGUCUAUUGUGAAGGUUAAUUGUCUGAAUAAAUUACGAAUUACAUUAAAAGGUGUUAUGAGAGAGGUGUUGAAAGAUGCGUAAAGCGCUCAGCAGCAGAGGGGAGGCGAGUUGUUGAAGUGCAAUCUUCCUAGUCUUCUUCUUAGCGUGUAGACAUUCGUUUUGUUACAGAUCAACUCGGCCAGGGGGAACACAGAUUGUAUUGGUACUCGCCACGGAAAGCAAGACAGUUUAUUCAGCGGUCGUCCCGGUGAACCAAGAUCUUCAUCACCAGACAAGCACUUUUAAAAAUACCGGUGACAAAUGGCUAUGGGUGGGAAGGGUGAAAGUUCUUCGGAGUGCAAAAGCGUGACAAGUUCUGGCCGUGCACUGUCUCAAGACGAAAAGCGUACAGAGUUCAAAGGAAGAAAACAGAGCGGUGGGAAAUCGGCAAACGUCGAGAAAAAACCUGAUGGAACCGACUCAACAAAGCUGACAUAUACUUCCGAAGAAGAUAUUUACUACGAACCCGGCGGUAGGUGAAACUGUUCAUAGACUCUUUGAAAUGUCAAAUACCGUUCGUUUUCAAGACGAUAUAGAUUGUUUGUGCUAUUAGAAUAAUUACCUGUAAUUAAUAUAACACACGAAACGAAAGAAAAACGAAUGCUUUGAACUCUGAAAUCGAAUAGUUAAUAUUUUGGCGCAAAGAAUUUCGAACGCUUGAACUUUUAGAAACUGAAACGCGAGGAAAAUGCGUGAUCGUCUGUCUCGAAUUUGUUUUUUGUUCAUAUUAAAGUUAUAUCGAUUCUGUGGUCUGACGCGAACAAUGUUCUUUCAGCUAAACAAUGUGGUCUCUGGUUCGUGUAAAUUGUAAAUUUGCAUUUCACAUGUUUACUUUAUGUCGUUAAAGUCAUUAUUCAAACGAAUAUUUUACACAAAAUAAAGUUCUAUUUUCCCUGAGGGAUGCCCAAAUUAUUACCAACAAGCGAAGUAAAAAGAUUGAAAAUUCUUCCGCUCAAUUUGCGGUAUUUUUGGCGUAAUGCUUGCAAAACGCCGCGGAGCAAACAGAACGCAACAUCAAAACAAAUACACGACGUGGGUAUCUUAACUUGACGAGUAGUGUAUUUCAUGUGCCAUACGCCUUAAAAUAAUCCAAUUAAUCUGCUUUCCUUUGACAGAUUGCGUGUAUAUUGAUAGCCAAAGACCUGAUGUUCCCUUCUUUAUUUGCGCUAUCAAGGAAUUUCGCAUGGUACGUCUAUUGAAGAAAUUUGAUAUUAUCGUUAGCUUUUUCUUUUGCCAUGUUUUGUUUUGCCUGUGCAUACAGUUUUCGGGUGGCUUAUUUUUUAUUUGUUCUCUGGCUUAAAUACCUAUAUUUUGUUAUAUUUUGACACUCCCAGACGAGAUAAAAAUUAUCGUUGGUAAAAUGUUUCGAUUUCUUCUUGUUUUUUUGUCAUUGAUCGAAAGGAGAUGUUUUUUCUUUUUGUGUACAGUGAAAUUUACAGUCUUUCCUCUUAAUAUUUUACAGUUAAGUUGUUAUGAAUACGAUCAUAAAACCUAACAUUCAAGGUAUUCGAGCUUAUGAAUUUCAAUUAUUUUCCACGAAACAAACUUGAUUUAAAGAAAUGUGUUAUCACAAAGGUCUUAUCCAUCAUGAAAAAAUAUAUUUUGCUUGGCAUUUGUCAUGUUACAAGGACACGCUUUUAAAACUUAGUUUUCUAUUUAUUUUUAAAAGCCCACAGUUGUCACUUUAUUUUGAUUUUAUUAACGUAAUUUAUGUUCCAAAACGUUUAUGUAAGAAAAGAAAUAAAGUUUGUGGCUUUGUAACUCAAAAAUAAGCUGAUUUUAAAUUAAAAUGAAGAAAUUCCAAUUUUUUAAUUUAGUUAGCAAAUCUCCUCAUCUUGCUGUGAGCUCUCUUAUCACACAGAAACAUAAACAUACUUGUCAAUAAACUUUGAUCUAUGGAAACACGUAACUUUCCUUAAUAUGUAAAUAUCUGGUACAGAGAAUAAAAUGUUCAAGGAAAUGAUGUACACAAUUUAGGAUUUACAAGUAAGGCUUUUUGGAAAAACAAAGUAUGAAAAAAAUCUAAUACUAUUUAUUUAUACCUUGUCAUGUUUUCUGCUUUUUUAAAUACUUUUUUGUAAGUCUUUUAUAUUUUAAAAUAUAUAUAGAACAUACAGGUACAUAUUUUUCUUUGUAAUGUUAUGUGCACAGUUAAAUGAUACAAAAUUAUGUUUUUAAACAGCAUUAACAAGAAAUUCUCCUGUUAAAAUUUGAUGUUGUACUUUAGUAUGUAUGAUUAAUAUAUUAUCCCUUUUAAGAUGGGUUUAUGGUUAUUACAUAGCUACAAGAAUGGCAUCACUUUCACAUUAAUCUUCAAACAUUUCUGAUUAUUGAUUCUCGCCGAAUUUAAAGGAUAUUUUUGUUGGAUAUUGCCUAUGUUUUGAUACCCUUUUUUAAUUCAAGUUUUGUGUGUUUGCUUGCAGAGUAAACGCGACUCACUGGUAGUGGUUGUGAGAUGGUAUUACCGUCCAUCAGAAGUUCCUGAGUCAGUUUAUCAACUGCUUGUUCAAGACAGGAAUGCAGAAAAUGGUGUGUUGCCUUAUAUUUUAAACAGCGGAAAUAUCCCAAUAACGUUUGUAUCCGUUUCCUACAGGCAGACACUGAAACUUGACCUCCAUGUUUAUACAACCCAAAUUUUCAACCAAUUUCCAUAUUUCUAUGUCUGAAAUGUAGGGCUGUCAUUAGCAGCCAGUAGCUGGCUUUUUUAGCAGGCUACUGCAGUAAAAUCAGCUGGUUACAUUUAUUUUCUUAAUAAAUCAAACAUUACAAACACAGAAGAAUUUGUGGCAUAAAUAACUGGCUCCUCUCCCAGAGAGACCAGCUACGAAAACCUUAAUGUCAGUCCCGGAAACGUCUAAUUUUUCAAACAUUUUCCAUUAUCCCUUGGUGGUUCAUAAAAUCAGGAUUCCAUUGUAAAUACGCACUAUGUCUCAUUUGUCAUUCUGUUAUUGUCAAAAAAGUGUCAAGAAGUAUAUUUCUUAAUCCAUCUGUCGUGAAAAAAAAAUUAUGGGAGAGGGCGUAGAUGAGAAAUUCUCAGUUUUCAGUACUUUUGGCACCAAAACGUAAUAUUAUUUCAAAUCAAAAGUUUGAUUAAGCAAAAAUUUGGAUGCGUACAUCAACAGUUGUUAGUUGUUAGCAGUUGUUGGCUUAUUGAUUUGUGAAAUGUGACGAAAUAACAUUGUAGCUUUUGCUUUGUGCUACCAUAGAAACAAAAACAGCUGAAAAGUUGAUCUGUUUUCUUUUAGGAUCUGGUGAUCACAUUUUGGAGGAUGUCGCAGUAAAGGAGCGGGAAUUGUUUAUUUCUGAUGCAACAGAUGUGUAUCCAGCCUCCGCCUUAAGGUGAUUAGUAACAAAAAAACAAUCAUUUUACAUGCCAGGGCUCUGCUUAACCAGAUGGAUUGGCUGAAAGUUGUUUUGUGGACAGCUUUAUUGAUGAAGUAGAUGGCUGAUUUUGACAUCUUUUACUCAAGUGUCAGAUAAGCUACCCAGCAAUGUAGCCAUUAAAAAAAUAUGUGUAAUGGUGGUGAUUUUCACAUGUUGCCAGCUAUUUUUGACAGUCCUGUCAACAAGCAUCUGGUUGUCCCUAGCAAUGUACUACUGACUAUCAAUUUGGGCAACAAGACGAUCAACGUAUGAGAUCUUCAAUGAAUUUAGGGUUUUUCGGCCCUCCUCAGAUUUUACUAUGGCACAGCGUUACACAUAGAUGUGUAGCUCAGCAUUGCUUUAUACUCAUCGAAUAAAUUUAUUGGCAUUGUCUCCCUGUCUUUAUUUUUUACCCUAAAACAAAGAAGGUAUUACUUUUAUUGUAUAUUUUUAAAGAAAAGAAGUUUUUCUAGAUUGGCUGAGUUGCUAGGCAGAGAAGCAGAUCUUUGAUUGUAGCAUUCAAAAAAGACAAAAUUUUUUCUUCAUUGUAUUAUUUGUAUGUCUAGGCCAAACAAUUCUAUAUGUGGAAAAAGAUUUUCCCUCCAGAAAUAAAAUCUUCAAAAUAAAAUGAAUGAAAAAUCUGCAAAAGUUUACAUAACACUGUACAUGAAGUCUUUGUAAAUUCAGUGUGGGCUUGAGUUUUCUUAGGUCUUGAAUGCUUGCAUGUGGAAUAAAGUUAGUUGUGAUACUAGACCCUAUUGGUGUAUACUUUGUACAAUGUACAACUAGGCUCAAUUAUUCUCAGGUUAGGCCACUAUUCAACCUCUCAGGAUAAGUUUAGUUUUCUGAGGCGAUCAACCCUGGUAACUAAGGUUGAAUAGUUUUUUAAAAUGAGACAGGAUUUUAACUGUAAUGUAUAAAGAUUUUUCUCUGAUGUUGCCAAAUUAUUGUUUAAUAGUGACCUAAAAGUUAGAUAUACCGGUAAUGUAAAUUGAAUUUAGGCUUCUUUGCGCUUUAGGGGAAAGUGCAAAGUGAAGCCAUUUGUUGAAAUUGACUCAGUGAAGGGAUACAUACAGAAAGAUGACGCAUUCUUUUAUGUACUUGGUUACAAUCCAGAGACAAGGUAUUGUGUUGGUGAAAAUAGAUGCUUGCUCAGUUUGAAGUAACAUGCUAAAAUAUGACUUUUUAUAGUGGAAUUAAUAUGAAUGGUCAUGCUUUAGCAUUCCAUUUACUGUGCAGCUUACACCUUAUUUUAAGUAUUAUAACCGUUGGAAAGUAUUGCUCAGCAUUCUUUAGAGCCUUUGUAUGGAUAUUUCUGAUGAAGUUGAAGUUGCAACGAUUGCUAUUAAUGCAGUGAUCAUUGAUCAAAUUGCCAUUCCAAUCAAGUUUGACAACGUCAGUUGUGCAAUGACAGCAUAGAAAUCUUCACAUUCAGAGUUUUUGUUUUGCUUACUAAACCUAUUGCUUUUUUAACUUUCUUGUUUCAUCACUGUUGUGGUUGCGCUUAGCUCACUAGUAGCAUUACCGUGCAAAACAGUUCUUGAUAUGUGAUGAUUUUGCCUGAAAAAUGGAUGAUUUGACAGAAAACGCACAAUAAAAUGAGCGUUUGUAGGUACCGAUAGAGAGUUUCUUUAUUUCAUUGGUCACACUUGAGCAAGUUUUUGUGCAAAGACUCAAAAGCUAGAAUGACUUUGUACAACACAGUAAACUGCUGUAUAACAGUGGCUUCACGUAAAUGUUUUGACUCCACUUAGAAUCUUAUUCACAUCCAUAAGCUGCAUUCCCAUCCCCAGAGCUGUGAUCUGUUUGGUCAGUGCUAAACAUCAUCAUCAUGACCUGUUGGUGAUUGCUUCAAUUUUUGCUGAUUAAUUUUUUUUCAGACGCUUGGCAAAUACCAAGGGAGAAAUAAGAGUUGGAGUAAGCCAUCAGGUAAUUGAUUCAAAACAAGCUUCUUUUUUAAAAUCAUUUCCUAAGUGGAGGCAUGUGUGGCCACGUGGUUAACACCUUGAACUCAGGAUCUGGAGGUGUAAGGUUGAAGCCUCGCCCCUCGCAUUGUUUCCUUAGACAAGGAACUUUACUCCACUUUGUCUCUCUUCACUCAGGUGUAUUUAUAAAUGGGUACGGGUGACAUAAUGCUGGGAGGUAACCCUGCAAUGGACUAGCAUCCCAUCCAGGGGGGAGUAGCAAAACUCCUAGGUGCUUCGUGCUAAUGAAACCAGGAUAAUCUCCCGCCGUUCGGGCGUUUGGCUCAUGUGCGCCUUUACCUUACCUUUUAUAUCUUUUAAACUGUUUUGAAUUGUCAUACCAUAGGAUGUCUUCCACAGACUCAAAAGUUAAAACCAUUUUAAAAGACUCAUCAUUCACUCUGGCAGAAAAAGGGUUAACGUUUCACUAAAAUUGUUUCAUCAUUUUGCAGGCUUCACUACCAGAAUGUUGUCCAUAUCCUAUAAAUGGAGCAGCAGAAGAAAUGGAAGAGCCUAAAGAAGAACUGGUAAGAAAGCUUAGGCAGACCUUCCAACACUCAGGGUUUAGGGAGUAAACUCAUGGUCCCCUAAUUGUCCUAAGCCAUUUCCUUUGGAGGGGAAGGUUUGUUGAAAUUCAGGGGGGUGGGGGUAUAGUGAAAAAGAGACUCUCCAUCUUUUACAUCUCUUGUCUGGACAUGUUGUUGUUCUGUUUUUCUUCCUUAUUAUUAUUAUUAUGAAACUAUCGAUUAUUUAACUUAUUUGUUAUUAUUAUUAUUUAUUUUGUCAGGUUUGGAAUCCAUGCUUAGAAGACUAUGAGCUGAUGAUGUACUUGCGUGCAGCUAGGUGAGUUAAAUAAUAUUAUAUAUGUUUUUGUUUUUUCUCUUGUUUUAAGCUUCAUGUCUGUUAUAUAAAAACAAUAUAGAAUUUAAUAGUUUUAUGAAUUUGUCCGUUUGUAGGAGCAUGGCACAGUAUGCUGGCAUGUGUAAUGGUGGAUCGCCAGAAGAUGGCUACAGAGCAGUUUCCCAAGAUGCAACCACAAGUAAUGCGAUAUAUGUGGUAAGUAAAAACUUAUCCCUGCCAGAAAGGGGAAAAACACUUAUGUGGUUAGAUCUUAGUGCUUUAGAGGUGAUUAGAAAACAUGACCAUGGGCCUUCUAGUUUAAAAUGGUCAGACAUGAAAGGGUUUUUUAGUCAAGAGAGAUGGCCAUGAAAAGAGCUUCUGAUAAUUUUUGUAUUCUUUUUCUUCUCAGCUUCAUCAGAACAAUUAUGAUGCAGCCAAGGCUCUGCAAGCUCUGGUUAAGAAACCCUAUCCUAAAGAACUUGACAAGAAAUGGUCUGACGAUGAAAUGGUAAUGUGAACAGUCUGUCCUAUUUUUGUUCUUGUUGUAGAUUGUACUCAUUGGCUAAGAGCCUACAGUUAAUUUUGAAAAUCAGUGCAACCUACAGAUUAGUCAGUUAGAUGAAUCUGUCAGCAGAUAACUGACUAAUCUGUAGGUUAUGUGCACAAUGCUUAAUUUCGUAGAGCAACAACGUGUUUGUUUGUUGCCUUUAAAACAGUUUAUUGUUCUAUUUGGGUUUUAUGAUAACUGCAAUAAUCAAGGUCGAGGUGAGUGGUAUUAGCCCCUUGACUCCUCAUCCAAUAUUUUUUGUUGGUAUAGCAGGGCUACAGACAGAAAGAUUUACACAAGGAAUACGUUUAGGAUGUAGAUAUGGGUGUGGCUCCAACUCUUCUGGCCCCGGUUGUUCAAAAGAAGGAUAGUGUUAUCCGCCAGAUAAAUUGCUCUCCAGUGAGCAAGUAUUAGGAAAGCCAAUAGCAUUAUCCGAUGGAUAAUGAUUUAUCCCGUGGAUAGUACUAUUCACCUUUUGAACAACUGGGGCCUGCUCUUUUCUGUGUGAUUUAGCCCAAGAAUAGAAUUGGGUUAAGAGAUUCAAAGAGUUUAAUUUAGAUUAGCUCACUCGUGUUUGCUGUAGUAUUCUUGUGUAGCAUUUACUAUGACAGGGUUGCCUCUUAAUAAUAAUAAUUCUUUCUAUUUUUUGUCCUUUAGAAAAAAUUUGUCAAGGGACUUAGACAGUAUGGAAAGAAUUUUUACAAAAUAAAGAAGGAACUUCUUCCUCACAAAGAAACGGUAAAAAUACAACUUUUAACAUUUUCCUUUUCUGUUGAAGCAUAGAUUGAAGUGCUUAGUUCUGCUUAGACCUAAUAGAGCGACGUCAUGGAUGUUUUGUUUUUUGUUUAAGUUAGCUUUCACAUGAUAAUUUUUUUUUGAAUUUGCUUUCCUGUUUAUAGGGAGAGCUAGUAGAAUAUUACUACGUCUGGAAAAAGACGCCCACGGCUCUAAGUUCUCGACCACACAGACGCCGUAGACACAAUGUUCUGCGACGCAAGGCACUCCCCAGGUCAUCCAAGAACAUUGUUAGUGAGUUCGGUAAGUGGGAAUAUUAAUCUAUCUUUUCUUUGUUUGCUCGGACCACCUGCAGAAACCAUGAAUAAGUGUCACAGGAAGAUACAAAUUAUAGUUCCUGUUUUUUGUGUUAAUUGUUUCCUUUCGAAGCGGGUGGAUUCAUUGUGAGACGAAGAUGAGGUUUUGCGUCAGUUCAUCUUUAUUCCCUAAACGGGCUAUAUCGGUUUUUUUUUUCAAAACUGAAACUUGUCUUCGCAAAAAUUCCGAGGGGCGGGGUACUUUCUUAUAAGAGGCUAAUGGGGAUGUGCCGCUGGAUGGGGUCACAUUUUCACGAAAAAUACAAAAAAUCGUCCUGUGAAACAUCGCCUUUAAUUCUGCUUUCACAGAGCUACCAACGAACUGUGGAUUUUUUUUGUCGUCAGUUUGCGUUAAGACCACUGUAGACCUGCAAAAUGCUCUCCUAGCUUCGGGCGCGCCGUGGAUUGUAGAUAAACUUAUACAAGCUUCUUUUUUGCAGUUGAUCUAAGCUCUUGCAGUGAAGAUGAUUACGACAGUGACGAUAGCGAACGAGAUUUGAGGUUGGUUUUUUCAUGUUUUCUUUGCAGUGGGGGGGUGGGGGGGAGAAGGGUGAUUAUGCGUGUCGCAGAAUUGUCGACGUUCGAUUGUGAGCGGUCCGCUAAUUUCAACGUUUCGUUUUCAUCAGUUUGUAUUGCUGCCGCCAUUGUUAUUCCACUGACUCUCGCAGCUGGCAUCACGGAAGCCAAAACAAAGUCAUUUUAUGCGAUGACUGUCGGAUUUAUUACAAGAAAUAUGGCAAACUGCCGGCGACAGACGAGUCUCGCGAACCUCCUCCCUACAUGUUUAAGGUUGUGGUUGAGAGUCAGCUCAGAGACGAAGAAGGGUACUUAGUGAAUGGAAAGCUUGCCUUGCGAAGCCGAAGGGCUAUUCCUCCAGUCCAAACUACGUUACGAUCGGGAAGAAACAAAACUGCUAGCCCAGUGGAAGGUAUUUCACUUUGCCUGUUUCCAACGCAGACUUACUUAAAUUUUGUUUUUCACUACAGCACUUAAAGUAAACGGUUUAACGAUCUUCAGUGUAAGCAAGUAAUAACAUUACGAACUCAUAUUAGGUUUACCUAGAAAAUGAAAAAAAAAGGUCGACAAAUUGUUCUUUUUCGAAGUAAAUUUGGCUUUGGUGAAUAAAUAUUCUCCCGCUUUACAGAAUUUUCUGAACCUUUAAUAAAAGCAAUUUCUUUUUAGGCGCGACGAGUGAAUCUUCGGGAAGCAACCGAAGAUUGGCGAAGAUUAACAAGGCCCCGUCGCCUUCAAGUGGGAGUUCCUCGAGUACUGGAAGCAGCGAAGGGAAGGAAAAAUUGAAAAAGGUAUCAUGUUAGAAUGCUUCAAAACUAAAUCUCAAUCGGAACAUGUCGUGAAGGUUUAUUGCGCUUACCCUGAGUAAACUGAAAAUUCUCAGUUGACAACAUGAAAGUUCAAACGCACGGGUAAAGCGUGUUGACGAAUCAAAUUGCCGAAGCCAUACCUCGUAGCCAAUAAGAAGUAGUCAGGACGCAGAUGCAAAAGCGCGCGCAAAUUACCUAAAGCGCGGGAAAAAAUAUCAAAGGCCACUCUUGACUCUUGUCAUGUUCAUUUUACCCUAAGUAGGGCUGGGUGAGGAGACUUUAAGAGUAGGUACUUUUGAAUUAAGACAUAAAUCUCGAUACUAAUCGAGGCUUGUUUUACUAGGGCAAGUUGAAGAAAGGAAAGAAACGCCGACGUGAUCAGUCGCUGGAGAAUCAAACGGGAGACAAGCGCAAGAAAACACGAUCUCAGGAUUCUGACGAGGAUGCCAAUGAUAAUGCUAGUGACACAAGUAGCACCACCGGGGGAAGGGACAGUGUGGUUCCUGAUCACGACGCCAGUAGUGUGUGUAGUAAUAGCAGCAACAAUAAUGAUGACGCAGCUAGUAACCGCUCCUGUUCACCGGCCGGGAAUAGACUCGAGGCGCCUGGGCCCGUGGUACUUCCAGAUAACUUCAAACGUGUGAUUUGUGGCGAAGAGGGCCGAAGCUGUGUUCGCACUGAUGUCAUCUUCGUUCGUCCCCGACCCGAGAAGCCGAAGAAGGAGCCGACGUGUUCUCGGGAAACGUCCGUUUCCAAGGAGUCACCCUCAAAGGCUGAGGUAUGUAAAUUCGGGCUUGUAGGUAAUUCAAACUAUAGAAAGAAAUCACAACUAGUAUACUUUCUUGAGGAAACUAGCCUUCAACGUGGAUAUCCUUAUGGCUUGUCACGCAAUUUUCCCUGUCACUGCGUGACAAGCUAGAAGUAUGUCUUCUUGGGAGUUUGGCAGGAGACAUUUCUCGAAUAUUGCUGCUUAAAGCCUUCAAUAGCAAUCUGACCACAGGACGAUAGUGGAACCCCAACUUUUCGAACCUCCUGGCAAAGUGUAGUUCCCUACAUAGCCAUUCUUUGUGCUGUCACAUAAUGCUCCUCUGCUUUGUGUCACGACUCAAAGAACUGCUGCGUAAACUAUGAUUUUACAGUAUUGUUUUAAAAAGACAGUACUGCUCAGUAACUGUAACAACAGUAACAAUAGUUUUCAAUAACUUUCUUGGUUUUCUUAUUGUACAGUAUAUGAACCUCUUGUAUCUUUAUCUCUGGGGCAAUGGUCAAAUUAAAUCAAAACAUGAUCUCCAACUUAUUCACUAAAGACGCUUGUUUUCUCAUUUCGUAGGGUAACGAGUCUUCGUCAUCGGAUGCUAAAAUACGCUCCAGUACAAGUCAAUCACCGUCCCACACUCCAGCUACGAUUACAUCGCAUUACGAGUCAUUACGUAACAUGAUGGCGGGAGGUCAAUACCAUUUGUACCCGCCCAAUGUCCCACCGGGUUUGUCACCCCAAGGAAUUCCGAUUCCCGCAUUUUCGCAUCAAAGUGUCGGGAUGGAUUACCGGAUGCUUCCAUUUUCGAUGUUCCCUGGGGGAGGAGUCAUCCCCGGUGGGGAAUCGUCGCGGGAAAAUGCAGCGAAAUACGCGGAAGGAUUCGAGCAGUGGUAUGCGCCGUACCGCUUGGCUCAAAUGCAGUCGGCUGGCCAUCAUAUACCCGCGAUUUCUUAUCUUCAGGGACAGGGACGAGCGCUUGAAGACUCGAGAGCCCAGGCGCAUGAGGCCCUCCUGAAAGGGGGCUCAGGACGCGUUCUAGCUACUGAUCCUGUGACAGGACUUCAAUAUUAUGGACCUCAACAGCACUCGCAUUCUCAUCUUCACACUCAUUUUCACAUUCACCCUGAGCAACACCUUCAAAACCUACAGGCUGCUGCUAACAUGUCAGCCAUCGACCAAGCGUAUCUUCAACAUCCCGGACUCAGCACAUGGAGAAAUCAUCCAUCUCUAUGGCAACACCCAGAACUAUUACAUCUCCAUGGUAACGGCGCGCGGGGGAUUUUUCCCGAGGAACUUGCCCAUCUCCCAGUUCAUGGGCUCGGGUCAACGCCUCUAGACCGGCAGUUACAACAGCAGCUCAUAAUGAGUCAACAAAGCAAAUACUACCCUCAACACAUGUUAGCCCACGAAGAGUUAAUGCGGUGUUGGAGACAACAUAACCGAGCGCAACAAAGACUAGAAAGCGAGAAACUUAACGAUCAUUUGAUGUCGAACUUGUUCAGGAAAGAACACAGAAACCUCCAAAGUCCAUCCCAGCUUGACAAUGUUGUCAAAAAGAGCAUGGACAGUAGCGGAGUUUACUCUUCACCGUCGAAGAAACCGCCAGUGACAAUAGACUUAUCAGAUGAUUAAUAGACUAGCUCGUUGUUCUAUUCUAGAAAACAGAGAGCUUUGAAUUCUAAGACGAGGACAACUACGAGUAAGAGAUUUUCUUAACACUAAUUACUGAGCGCGUGAACCAGAGAACGUGACGGCCGUUGUCAUUCUACAGUGGAACCUCGAUAUAACGAAGUGCCAAGGGACUCGCAAAAUUUUGUUCGCAUAACGAGGUUUUCUCAUAUGUUGUGCUACUUCUGGGGUAAAGAAAAUCGUUCGUUUUACCGAGGACUUCGUAAUAAAAAGUUUCGUUAUAUCGUGGUUCCUCUGUGCUACGACUGUUAGCAAGAAUGUCGUAGCAGCGGAAACAAAUUAACAAUAUCAUUUUACGAUCGGGACAGGGCUUAGACAGCAGUUCUUACAUUUCUGGUGAAAAAAGGAAAAGUGAAGCUUUCCGGGGUGUCUAUUUUUUGAGAAAACGCGAAAGACCUUUAACUAAAUCUCGAACUCGUAGUCGUUCUGGUCCUAAAAUCCAAAGGUCUGUUAACGUUUUUACGUUUAGUUUAAAUUUCAGACUUAAUGAUCCUCUAAGUAUAAAUUAAAAAGGAACUUAAAAUUCGUACUUUUCAUAUUUUGUUCGCAUCGAUUUAUUGCGUGCCUCGGUUUUCGCCGUUUUUGUGAAAUGGCGAAAAACGUUGAGAAUAUAUUUAAGAUUUAUUUCAGUAUUGACCCAAUUAAGAGGGAAAAUAAACUAUAAAGUUAUUUAAUCGUUAUAAAAUAUAAUUAAAGUAAGUGGGAAUUUUGGAAAAUAAUGGGUGAUUUUGAUAGUAUUUUUGGUUAUUGAUAUAGCUAGAGAUCAUUUUUCAUUUGACAUUUUUUUAUGAGGACGAACCGAAAAUUUACAGUGACGAUAAAAUGAUUGUACGUUGUUUCUAUGCGAACUUUGAAUUUAAUAGCACAACUAAAACAGAAAAGCCUGCGUUAACAACAGCACUAAAAUGUCUAUUUUAUUUAAUGCAUUCUGUUUUGUAGAUUUUGGGUAUAUGUUUUUCAUGCCGUAUUCUUAUAACGUAGUCAUCUCGAAAUAUUGCCAUUAGUCAAAGAUCCCUAUAAUUACUGUUAUAACCGAAGUUAUACCGACAGAUCCUUUUUGGUAUGCAUGAUUUCAAAGGUUCAAACUAUUAAAAUUUGUAGGCUUUCAACAAGAUAUCUACUAGCAAUUUUCUUUCAGAUGACAAAAUUCAGAGUUUCACCCAUUGUGAAAGAAUGUAAGCUAAUAGAUGACAUAUAUAGCACCAUUCUCGGUUCAUUCUGUUGUACAUAACAAUUCUUAGAUUCAUUGUUCUGAAAAUGGACUCCAAUAAUUCGCCACGACGCUAUCGAUUCUCCCAUUUGGAGAAGUCCUCUUGCAGAAAACAUCGAGGAGAAUUGACUUUUUCACAUAAAGGUUUGUAGAGUUGCCAAGAUUCUAGUAGACUGAUUUUCCAUAUCUAUUGCACGUAUAAUAGUCAUUCUUUCUACUUCUAAUUAGUCCUAACAAGCAACAUUGGAAAAGUUAUUUGUAAAUAUAUUCUAUUUAUAACGUUCUUAUGAGAAAGAGG